GCUUAUUAGUGGGGUCAGUUUCAGUAGAUUCGUCUAAAUGGGUCUAAAACCUUGCGUCACUUGCCGAAAAUUGCAUGUUUAAAAGCGAACUUUACUCACCAAAAAAAAACCUAUAUACGAGGGUGUGAUUAAUCACUGUAAUUGCCACCGUCAUUAUCGAACAUCUAAUGAUCAGUAAUUCAUUUAGAUGAAAAUUAACUGGAAUUAAAUUAGAAAAUUGUCGGCAAUUUAGUGCACGCAUUAUAAGUCGACUUUGUUAUAAAGUCAUCGAUUCAUUAAAGGAAUUUCGUGCGAUUGUUGAAUAUUUGCAACAGUCAAUCUGUGUGUGUGUGUGUUGCAUCGAGGCAUCUCAGGUGUUUUUCCAGCCAAUAGAACACAUACAAAAUGGGGAUGCCGAAAUGCGCAGAUCCAGUGAAACUGUACGAAAACGACAGCAAACUGAAAAGGGGCGACGUGGCGGCCCUGCAGGAGUGGGCGGCUAAACAGCCCCACUUGCCCGAAAUUUCCGAACUGCAGGUGAUUCUGUUUUUGCAAAGCUGCUACUACAGCAACGAGCUGGCCAAAACCACCAUCGACAAUUAUUUCACGGUGAAAACGCUUUGCCCUGAUCUGUUUGGCCACCGCGAUCCCCAGAGCCAGAGCGUCCAGAGCGCCAUGAAAUGCACGUUAGCGGCGCCUUUGAGCAAGCUGACCACAGAGAAGUACACGGUGCUUCUGCUGAAGCUUUUGGACCACAAUCCGGAAUCGUUUGUUUUCCCCAACGGGAUUCGCUAUUUCGACAUGGUGGAGAUGCAGCAGCUUUUCCAGUUCGGGCCCCAAAAUGGGCUGCUGCUGGUCUUCGAUAUGGAGGGGUGCGUUUUCGGGCAUAUUGCCCGACUUAAUGUUUUGGUCCUGAAGAAGUUCCUCUACUACAUUCAGGACGCGAUGCCCAUCAGGCUCAAAGGGAUUCAUUUCAUCAACGCCCUGCCUUUGGUGGAUAAACUGCUGGCGCUCAUGAAGCCCUUCUUAAGGAAGGGAAUUCUGGACGUGAUUUACGUGCAUCCAGUGGGCUCAAUGGAGUCUUUUUACAAGUUCCUGCCCAAGCGCGACAUGCCUGCAGAGUACGGGGGCGAGGCGGAAUCAAUCCCAAUUUUACAAGAGCGCGGUAGGCGUCAACUGGAGGAACAUGCGGAACUGUUUGCCUUCGAAGAAGCGCAGACAGUCGAUGAGAGCAAGCGGCCGGGAAAACCGAAAAACGCCGGCGAUUUCUUCGGCGUCGAGGGAACUUUUAAAAAACUGGAAUUGGACUGAGAAACUCGGUCUUAACUGAGUUGUCCUGACACUUCAGGCAUAUCCAGAAAAAUGUUUUUGUUUAGUUUUUAAAGUCUGUUGCCAUCAAAUAUUUUUGGUGUUUUUGCAAAUUUG